AGUACCGCCACUGCUGGUUCAUGCCUCGUCCAUCGCAGGCGGAGCUUCGCGUCGUUCAUACCCACACGAACCAGACUUACAACGACGUCUGCACAGACUAUUAGACACUUUCGGGCGAGUUCAAGUCAGUACGGAGCAGCCAUAUAUGGCAACAUUGCAGGAGAUUUGAAUGACAAGAUGGCGGAAGACAGUGAUGACGAGUGCCCCGUUUGUGCUCAGAAAAUGAUCCUUCCAACGACUGUGCCUGGUUGUGGACAUAAAUUCUGCUUUCUUUGUAUCAAAGGCAAGUUCAUGUGUGCUGUUUUCCGAACAAACGAACAUCUGUGUCCGAUGUGUCGUGGGGAAGUCAGCACUUCCAUAUUCCGAAACCCUGCUAUCAGAGGUAUCAGUCUAGACAUGGCUCGAACGUACAGUGAUGAAGCUGGUCCUUCCACAAGCAGCAAGAAGCGCGAGCAGUCCCAUGAGCAGGAAUCGGAGUCAUGCCAAAAAGUACCUAAUUCUGAAGUGGCAUGCGGCGAUGGACGGUACUACUGGUUGUAUGAGGUAAACUUUUUCCGUUACCACAAUGCGAAAAGUAGAAAGGGAACUGGACAGGACUCUUUUCCUUUGCAGAGUUUGAGUCUCUUGAAAUUACCUGAUGAAAGUUCAGGAUUUCCCCCCUCCCCCAAUUUGUAA